AUGAGUUGUGGAGGAGAAUCAGACAUAGAGCUGUCAGGAGAUGAGGAGGAGGAAUGCCAGAUAGUAGAGCAGCCUCAGAGGCUCCUCAGAGGCUCCUUCAGCAUCUGUCCACCAAGUGGUUCGUUUGGCUUCAGGCUCCUGAGCUUCCUAGCCUACUGGUGUUGCAAAAAAUCAAGUCAUAGGAAAGUCUCCAGAACUAUCAGAACUGGCUCCCUCUUUGAGAAAUCGAAAUCUUCUCUUUUCAAAUGGAUGAAGUUCAUCUACAGAUUUUCACAAGGGCUCAGACUCCGACAAAUAGAUAUGAUCGAUGAUGAUGUGGCUGGGAGCUCAAGAACACUAAGCACCAUGGCAAAACGCAUUCGACAUGUUUGCAUUUGUGCGAUGGAAAGACACAGAGUAAACAACAGACAGUGUCUUGGUGGUCGCAAAGAAUUUGUGGUUAUAGAUGAAAGCUGUCACCGUCAUCAACGAAAGUUUGUGUUUUUUCAGUGUGCACGUGGAUGCUUUGGAAAUGGAUGGAAAAGGAAGAAAUGGGUGUUUGGACUGAUGGGAGUUAAAGACAAAAGGCGAAGGCUCGUGUUAAAACUUGUUGAAAAACGAUCAAGGCGCCACCUUGUUCCCCUGAUUAGACAGCAUGUUAAGCCAGGUAGUUCCAUUAUCAGUGAUGAGUGGAGAGCCUACAAGAAUGUUUUGACAAACAUAGGGUACAAACAUUACACAGUAAACCACAGUAAGUGGUUCGUAGAUCCUCAAUCUGGCAGUCAUACACAACUUAUUGAAAGAGCUUGGAAGACCAUCAAAGGACAUGUCCGCAGACUAAGAGGGAAUCGUACUGAGUCGUUGUUGGAGGAACACCUCAUGGUUCUGGAAUGGUCAUCUUGGCUUGGUUCACAACACCCUGAUGGACCACUGGGGCGCUUAUUCAAGGAUA